CUCCGGAUACCAACUUUGUCGACCGCCUCCAUCCACGCCAGGUUCCACGGGAGUCCCAAUCCUUUCGGAGGCUCAUUGUCGUCCACUUAGACUGUAGCUCGAAAGGAACCUCGGUCAAUCCGUUUGUUUCCCUUGCCCUAGAGCUACAAACGGCGUUUGUUGGAAGAUUCAUGUCUUCGUCUGACCAGCUUUUCGGCAUGACCGAUUUCAUGCUAGCGGGAUCACUUAAAAGCUUGUACGAGAACAACGAACCGCCAUCCAACGCCCAAGAGAAUAUUCUCCGUGCUGAGCUUGCACGCCGUCUUGAAUCCUUGUCAUACAUCGACAAGAAAAUUAUCCAGCUACGAACAGAGCUUGAGGCUCAUUUACAUGCGCGCGAUGCAAUUGCCAACGAGGUCGACACCAUCAGAACUGGCCUGCAUCCGAUUCGUCGCCUUCCCGAUGAUAUAUUGACUGUAAUCUUCGAGCUUUGCGUGCGAAAUCCGACCAAGCUGUUAGAUUCAUGGCAUUCCUAUGACUACGACUCGCUGGUAACGGAUGACGCUCCAUGGACUUUGUCCCAUGUUUGCCGUCAGUGGAGAGCGGUCGCGGUGAACACAUCGCGCCUGUGGUCUUGCGUUAACCUGACUUUCAGUGAUUCCGAGGAGCUAGGGAAUGAAAGAUACCUCCUUGAACUUCAACUCGAGAGGCUGAAGGGGCACGAUAUCAGCCUUUCGAUAUCGAAUCCGGCUGACGACCACCCGUUACUCCCAUUGAUUAUUCCAAAGUUUAUUCCGCAGUGCACUACUCUAAUGCUGAAUGUGUCAUACCCAUUUUUCCACUCCUUGACCCCAUAUAGCGAAUGUUUUGCUCGCGUCACGCACCUUGCCUUGCAGCUCAAUCCCAAUGCUAAGGAACCAAGGGACAUGAACAUUUCCAUCGAUGCCUUUACCUCCCUUCCUUCGCUGCAGUACCUUAACGUCACGGGACCCAUCGAAUACUAUAGCUUACCGUUUCACAACCUGACGGAAUAUCACGGUUUCGUGGCUACCAACGCACAGCAUUUUGAGGCGCUGCAGAUGUUAACACAGUCAUCCUCGCUAACUCGCCUAAAUCUCGUAUGUCACGAAAGCGAUAUAGACUCAAUUCCGCUUGAGACCAUCACCCUCCCCAGUCUUCGUCAUUUGUCGUUAUGCGAGGAACGAAGGUCUCAUUAUGACAUGGUAGAAGGUUCUCUGGCUCAGAUUUAUACUUGCAUUCGGCUUCCUUCUCUCAUUUCCCUGAAAAUUGAAUACAGAGACAAGGGCGAACAUACCGUAUUUCCUCCGUUAGACAUGUCUAAUCGUUGUACAGCUACCACACUUGAAGUACGCGCCGAUCUUCAUAGCACUGGGGGAAGCCCUGGGGAUCUCGCAAGAUUCGUGCAAUCUACACCCAACGUCACAGACCUUCGGAUUCGCGUCGAUCCCCUUUCCAAUGCCUUUCUCGCCCGACUUAUUGUUCUUCCCGAUCCUGACGUUCCCCUUCUCCUUCCGAAGCUCACUUCGUUAGACCUGCGCUCUUCCCAGUUCAAAAGCCUGAACUACCAGGCUUUGAUCAGCGAGGACCGCACCUGCAGUAUCCUGCAGGAAGUGCGUUUAGACUCGCCAUUGGAGACCUUUGACGAUGAGGAAACAGGAGAUCUUUGGAGAGAGCUAUUGGAGGACGGACUGGUUGUAAAGUACGAAAAGGAUGGACUGGAUCCCCCUGAAAGUGAGUGGAACUCGUCAGACGGGAGCAGUGGCUCGGAACGUGAUUAUUGGUAGAAGGGAAGGCGGCAAAUGGGGCGAGUAUUUACCAUGUGCCGUUGGGUGCAACUAGAUAUAAUAUCUCACUCACACGUACU